UGGAGUAAAUAGCAAAAAACUACCACUUUUCAUGCUAGGGUUUCAAAAAACCAUCACUUUUUUUGUUUGUGACUGAUACCUACCAUUUUUCUCGUCGGUUGUCUCAAAAAACCCAAAUUGCCUGGUUCUAGCGUUUAAAACCGUUUUCUAACGGUCUGGGCCCGCCUGUCAGGUCACGUCAGCGCCGUGCGUGACGGCGAGCCCGUUAACGGCCGUUACUCGGACCGACCGGUGCGGUCGGACCGCACCCGCUCGCUCGCUCAUUAAGUCGUCUCCCUCCCUCUCACUCUGCUCCCCUGCCCGCACUCAUUCUCAUUCUCACUCUCCUCUCCUCUCUGCUCUUUGACGCCGGCGGCGACUUGCGCUGUGGAAGCUCCACCGCCGCCAUGCCUUCCUGGAAUGACGGGGAUACGAGCUCAGAGGAUGAGUGCGACAUCACAAGCAUGGACAUGGCCCUUUGGGAGACCCCUGACACCACCGUGGAGCCUCUGUUAUGUGGCCAGCUGGAGCUUUCUGAACCCACCUGCAUGAUGCACCACAUGAGGCCAAUUAAGUGUGUGGCAUUUGAAGGAACCUUAACUGGAAAGCGUUUCUAUGGUUGUGCAGUGCAGCAGAGUGAAGGUGUUAACUGUGGUGUUACUGAGUGGGUUGACAAGCCCUGGCCUCCAAUUCUUCAGAAUUGCUUGUCCAGGUUGUGGGACAUGUACCAUGAACAUAAUUGUGGCAGGGUAGUUGAUAAGCAGAAGUAUGAGAAGCAUUUGGCCAAGCUUAAGACUGAAAAUGACAAGCUGUGCAUUGAGUACACAAAGCUUGUCCAAGAUGUAUCCAAGAUGUUUGAUUGGCAGGAUGGUAGGGCAGACCACAUGGAUUACCAGAAGGCAGUUGAGGAGGAAGAAUUUGAGAAGAGGAAGAAAGAGUAGAAGAGAGUGCUAGGUUGGAGGUUCAGAUGGAGAAGCUCAAACUUGCCAAGGAACAGAGGUGCAUUUUACAGAGUCAAGCUGACAUUAUCAAGAACACCAGGAAGGCAAUGAAGGAGGUUGAACAGGAGAGAGAUUUGCUUAAGAUAGAGAAGGCCAAGCUUGAGCAUGUGGUGAAUGAGCUGCUGAAUGAUGGGCAUGCAAGCAAGGAGAAACUUGAGAAAAUCAAGGCCAUCCUUGAUUCAUGAAGUGUGUUCUGCAGUUGUUGAAGUACAUCCAAGGCCUUUAUAAGUAUGUGGCCUAACAAUCUGAUGUGAAGAUAUGGGGUGUACAUUUUGGGGAAUGUGAAGCUAAUCUAGUCUAUGUUAGAACCUUUAAUGCUAAGUUAUGAACUAUGUUGUAAUGAAUGUUCUUCCUGUAUUUGAACCUCUUAUGCUAUGUUAUGGAGUCAGUGAUAAGCACUGCUGGAUUAUGCUAUGUGUUUUUUAUCUUUAUAAGAUAGUUGAAGUGUGUUUAUUAGUGCUUUGUACCUGGGCUUUGUGGCCCAGUUAUGUUUACAAACCUAGGCCUACUAACUCUAGAUGCCUCUCCACUGCUCAUAAAUAGCCUCCUCCACCCACCCUCCUCCCUGUCCAGAACCCAGUUGCCACACCCCACCUCUAGAAACCCUAGAUGGAUCCAGAGCUUGGGGAGGUGACAGAUGAGGAAGAGGAGGCAGUGCGGGCAGUGGAUGUGAGG